UCAAAAGCGACAUCUAUGCCAAGGCGCAUCAAUAUAGGACUCUUUGCUUCGUCGAUAACAAUAACCUCAACGUUACCCGAACGCGUCGCCUCUAGCGCCAGUACCAGUUGCGUCCUCUGUUAUUUCCGCUGUUUUCGUCCGCACGACUCUUUCGCGUGUAGUUUCUCGUGGUUUCUCUUCCGGUUUGUCAAAAUGGGCAUCGAUAUUAAUCAUAAGCAUGAUCGGAAAGUGCGGCGAACGGAGCCCAAGUCGCAGGACGUGUAUUUACGGCUCCUCGUCAAGCUAUAUCGGUUCCUGGCAAGACGAACAAAUUCAAAGUUCAACAAAAUCAUCUUGAAACGAUUGUUCAUGAGUAGAAUACACCGACCACCGAUUUCAGUGGCACGAAUCGUGAGGUUCAUGAAGAAACCUGGAAGGGAGAAUUGCGUCGCCGUGAUCGUCGGUAGCGUCACUGACGAUGCCAGGAUCUUUCAAAUCCCGAAAUUAACGGUAUGCGCUUUACGCGUAACCGAGAAAGCUCGGGCACGUAUCCUGAAAGCUGGCGGCGAGAUCAUCACGUUCGAUCAGCUGGCGUUACGCGCCCCGACUGGGAAAAAGACGAUCUUGAUGCAGGGACGGCGUAACGCUCGCGAGAGCGUCAAACAUUUCGGUCUGGCGCCUGGCGUUCCGCAUUCCCACACGAAACCUUACGUGAGGUCUAAGGGCAGAAAGUUCGAACGGGCGAGAGGCCGUAGACGCAGCUGCGGUUAUAAGAAAUAAGAUGUAUCACGCACUUGGACAGAGAGAUUAUCUGUCAGUCGUAAUAUUUUUUUUUUCACGCAGUCAAGUGGCUGAAAAAUAAAAACAUUGGCUUCACAACAACUUCCCAAUUUUCCUUUCUCGUCGUGCUACACACGUCUAGAUUUUGUAAUUAGAAACUGUGUAUUUCAUAAUUUACACAUUAAACUUGUAAUUUUGCAUUUAA